CACUUGGAUGCUGUUCGGAUUGAACUGCAGACAGCCAGUCAGAACUUUGCCAGACAUUCGUCAUCCAGCUUCAUAAGAAACGGCACCAUACAGUACCAUCAGAUGAUGACGGAGUACAACCCAAACUAUGACUUUGUCGCUGCUAAAUACCCCGAGCAACAGCUGAAUGAACUCAAUCGCAACAAACUAGAGCUAGUCAGGGCAUUAGGUCAAGGGGCAUUUGGUGAAGUUUACAAGGGAUACAUUUUAGGUUUUCAAAAUAUGGAAAGGGAGAUGCCAGUUGCUGUUAAGACUCUCCCAGCUUACAGCACAGAAGCAUCAGAACUAGAUUUUCUUAUGGAGGCAGUGAUAAUGAGUAAAUUUAACCACCCCAAUAUCGUAAAGCUUGUUGGUGUCUGCUUUGAGAGCCACCCUCGCUACAUUGUUCUGGAACUUCUAGAAGGAGGCGACUUGAAAACAUUCCUCAGGGAAAUGAGACCCAAACCAGGUCUUGGGGAGUCUCCUAUUCGAGUUUCUGAUCUGCUGAAUCUUGCCAAUGAUAUUGCAAAGGGCUGUGAACACUUAGAGGCACGACAUUUUAUUCACAG